CAACGAGGACCGCGGCAUCCAGCGCCUAGAAGCCAUGCUUUUCGCCGUCGAUGAAAUCAAUCGAGACCCUGCGCUGCUACCUGGCGUGGCACUAGGCGUGCACAUCCUGGACACCUGCUCACGCGACACUUACGCACUGGAGCAAGCGCUGGAGUUCGUCAGGGCCUCACUCACCAAGGUGGACGACACAGAGUUCAUCUGUCCCGAUGGCUCGUACGCGCUGCAGGACAACAGCCCACUGGCCAUUGCCGGAGUCAUCGGGGGCUCUUACAGCAGUGUCUCAAUACAGGUUGCCAACUUGCUGAGACUGUUUCAGAUCCCUCAGAUCAGCUAUGCCUCCACAAGUGCUAAACUCAGCGACAAGUCCAGGUAUGACUACUUUGCCAGGACAGUCCCGCCUGACUUCUAUCAGGCUAAGGCUAUGGCAGAAAUCCUGCGCUUCUUCAACUGGACAUACGUAUCUACUGUGGCAUCCGAGGGAGACUAUGGAGAGACGGGAAUUGAGGCCUUUGAGCAAGAGGCCCGGCUGCGCAACAUCUGCAUUGCCACAUCCGAGAAGGUGGGCCGCUCCAACGCCAAGAAGUCAUACGAUGCAGUCAUCCGGCAACUGCAACAGAAACCCAACGCCCGUGUGGCUGUGCUCUUUAUGCGCAGUGAUGAUGCCCGCGAGCUGCUGGCUGCUGCCAAUCGUCUCAACGCAUCCUUCACCUGGAUAGCCAGCGAUGGCUGGGGAGCACAGGAGAGCAUUGUCAAGGGCAACGAGAUAGUGGCUGAUGGUGCAAUCACCCUGGAGCUGGCUGCCCACCCUGUGAGGGAGUUCAAUCGCUACUUCCAGCGCCUUGACCCGGCCAAGAACAGGCGCAACCCCUGGUUCAGGGACUUCUGGGAGCAGAAGUUUCAAUGUUCCCUAAGCGGGGAUGGCCUACGGAUACCAUGCGUGAAGCACCUGGCUAUUGACCGCACAAACUUUGAGCCAGAGUCAAAGAUCAUGUUUGUGGUGAAUGCGGUCUAUGCCUUAGCUCAUGCCUUGCACCAGAUGCAGCGGACAUUAUGCUCCAACACCACGCGCCUUUGUGAUGCUAUGAAGCCUCUGGAUGGUAGGAAACUCUACAGGGACUACCUGCUCAACGUCAGUUUCAAAGCUCCUUUCUCUCCUGGGUUUGACAACAUUGUGAAGUUUGACUCCUACGGUGACGGAAUGGGUCGCUACAACAUCUUCAAUUAUCAGCAGGGAGUGGACAAGUACAGCUACGUACAGGUGGGCGAGUGGGCGGAGACACUGACCCUCAACGACGAUCUGAUUCGGUGGCCUCGGCUCUUGGUGCCCACCUCCCAGUGCAGCGACCCUUGUGCCCGCAAUGAGAUGAAGAAGAUGCAAGCGGGUGAGUUCUGCUGCUGGAUCUGUACGCCCUGCGAGCCCUACGAGUACUUGGCGGACGAGUUCACCUGCGUGCCUUGUGGGCUUGGACAGUGGCCUGGCGAGGACCUGACGGGAUGCUACGACCUGCCGGAGGACUACAUCAUGUGGGAGGACGCCUGGGCCAUCGGACCCGUGGCCAUCGCCUGCAUGGGCUUUAUCUGCACCUUGCUGGUGGCCGGCGUCUUCAUCCGCCACAACAACACGCCGCUGGUGAAAGCCUCGGGCCGCGAGCUCUGUUACAUCCUGCUGUCGGGCGUCCUCAUGUCUUACGGCAUGACCUUCUUCUUCAUCGCCAAGCCGUCACCAGCCGUGUGCGCACUCCGCCGUCUGGGGCUGGGCACCUCCUUCGCCGUGUGCUACUCAGCACUGCUGACCAAGACCAACCGCAUCGCGCGCAUUUUCGGCGGGGUCAAGGACGGGGCCCAGCGGCCACGCUGCAUCAGCCCGAGCUCUCAGGUCUUCAUCUGCCUGAGCCUGAUCUCCGUGCAGCUGCUCGCCGCUGCAGUCUGGCUGCUGCUGGAGGCGCCGGGCACCCGCCGCUUCACCCUGCCCGAGAAGCGAGAGACGGUCGUGCUCAAGUGCAACGUGCGGGACUCCAGCAUGCUGCUCUCCCUGUCCUAUGACGUCGUGCUGGUUGUCCUGUGUACCGUGUACGCCUUCAAGACCAGGAAGUGUCCAGAGAACUUCAACGAGGCCAAGUUCAUUGGUUUCACCAUGUACACCACCUGCAUCAUCUGGCUCGCCUUCCUGCCCAUCUUUUACGUGACCUCCAGCGAUUACAGAGUGCAGACCACCACCCUGUGCAUAUCGGUCAGCCUGAGCGGCUUUGUGGUUCUGGGAUGCAUGUUUGCCCCCAAGGUUCACAUCAUCCUGUUCCAGCCACAGAAGAACGUGACGAGUCAUCGGCUCAACCUGAACCGGUUCAGCGUCAGUGGAACCGCCACCACAUACUCACAUGGGUCGCGGUGAUCUGGAGCCUAUCCCGGGAAAC